UGGAAGAAAGGUUUGGACGCUUUAGGCUUCCAAGGGACAGAAAAGCAGCAUGCCUGAAAAAUAAGUUUUUCUGGAUUCUAACCCGUAUUAAUUCACUUUGAGGCAAAGGCAGAUUUCGCCCCUCUACUGAGCCCCAGAUUUUCUUUUUCCCUCCCAAGGCUCCUGAAUACACCUUAAAAGGAAGAUGGAGCGUAAAUCAGGCCAAGGAGUGGCUGCCAUUCACUUGGGAGGCCUUGGUGCUUUCUGCCCUUUGUCCACCUGCUAAUCUCUGCCAGCCCCGGGCCCCGCGCUGUCCUGUGAAGCCGUGAGCCUGAGCUUUUAAGAGGAGGGGGCGGGGUUGGUACUGAAAAGCGGCGGAACCAAAGGCGAGGGAGCGGCGCUGCCGGGGGGAAGGAGGAGCCACGGGACCGGCAGGCCUGGUUCCGAGGCGGCGGCGGCGGCGGCGGCGGCGGCGUGGGGAUGGAGCCCCUGCGGGUCCUGGAGCUGUACAGCGGCAUUGGGGGUAUGCACCAGGCGCUGAGAGAAAGCUGUAUACCUGCACAAGUGGUGGCUGCCAUUGAUAUAAACACUGUCGCUAAUGAAGUAUACAAGUAUAAUUUUCCUCACACACAGUUACUGGCCAAGACAAUUGAAGGUAUUACACUAGAAGAGUUUGACAGAUUAUCUUUCAAUAUGAUUUUAAUGAGCCCUCCCUGUCAGCCAUUCACAAGAAUCGGCCUGCAAGGUGAUGUGACUGAUCCAAGGACAAAUAGCUUCUUACAUAUUCUAGACAUUCUCCCAAGGUUACAAAAAUUACCAAAGUAUAUUCUUUUAGAAAAUGUUAAAGGUUUUGAAGUAUCUUCUACAAGAGACCUGUUAAUACAAACAAUAGGAAAUUGUGGCUUUCAGUACCAAGAAUUUCUGUUGUCUCCAACCUCUCUUGGCAUUCCAAAUUCAAGGCUACGGUAUUUCCUUAUUGCAAAGCUUCAGUCAGUGCCGUUCCCUUUUCAAGCCCCUGGUCAGGUACUGAUGGAGUUCCCCCAAACUGAAUCUGAACAUCCACAAAAACAUGCGAUAGAUGCAGAAAACAAAACUGAAGAAAAGAAAAUUGAAGAAAAGAAAGUUGAGCCAAAUAUUUGCUCUGAUAGCAGCACACAAUGUUCUGGAAAAGAAGCCAUUCUUUUUAAGCUUGAAACUGCAGGAGAAAUUGACAGGAAACGUCAACAGGACAGUGAUCUCUCUGUGCGAAUGCUAAGAGAUUUUCUUGAAGAUGACAUUGACAUGAAUUCAUACUUUUUACCGCCAAAGUCAUUGCUGCGAUAUGCUCUUUUGUUAGACAUUGUUAAGCCCACAUCCAGAAGGUCCACAUGCUUUACGAAAGGUUACGGACGCUACCUAGAAGGGACAGGAUCUGUGUUGCAGACCACAGAGGAUGUGCAGAUUGAGAAUAUCUACAAAUCCCUUACCAAUUUGUCACAAGAAGAAAAGAUAACAAGAUUGUUAAUGCUUCAACUUCGAUUUUUCACUCCUAAAGAGAUAGCAAAUCUCCUUGGAUUUCCUCCAGAGUUCGGAUUUCCUGAGAAGACAACAGUCAAACAGCGUUAUCGUCUACUUGGAAAUAGUCUCAAUGUGCAUGUAGUAGCUCAACUAAUCAAAAUCCUAUGUGAAUAAUUUUUAAGUAACUCUGAAAGAUGGUGGCAGUAUUCCAUUAUAUCCAAAUAAUAAUUCUGAAAUUCUUUUUUGAAUUAAUUUUGACAAAAUUCAACUAAAUUAUCUUAUUCUCUCUUUAAUAAGAAUUUGGAUUUAUCAGGAAAAUGCCGUUUUGUUUCCUUAAGUUUAUAUUACUGUGUUUUGUAAGGUGAAAAUUAUUGUUAUCCUUUAGGAGAAUAUCUUUUUAUAUGAAAUUGUUAAAUAUAUAUGUAAAAUAUCCCCUUAAUAAUAUUAUGGUAUAGACAAAUUUAGGAACAUUAGAAUUUUAAUGUCUACAUGAAUAUUUUGUAAAGUGUCAUAACAGGUGUACUAUAUGAACUUGAGAAACUGUAUAUUGUGUAUGUUAAUUAAAGAAGUUGCUUUAUGAAUCUA